AUGGGCACCCAUCUGCCCACUCAUACAGCUGUUGAGCCUGCCAUGACCAUAUUGCCGGCUGUUUCUUCGACCAUUGCCGCCAUGACCGCGUCAAGUACCACGGCCGCACCCGCGUCCGCGUCGGGCUCUCCGCAUGACAGCCCAGAAGGCGAAUGCCAGCUCCUAGGCUCUUUUGCCCUGAUAGUCCAGGCAGCACUGGGAGCCCUGGCUCUCCUGUCGCUGGUGUAUAAGCGGUACAGGGAACGUCCACAGCGACCGCUUAAGAUUUGGUUCUUUGACGUGUCCAAGCAAGUAUUCGGCUCCGUCCUGGUGCACAUUGCCAACAUAUUCAUGUCUAUGCUCACUAGCGGCCGGUUCUCAAUAAAGCUGGAGCCGGGCACCGUACAGGCACGGGCCGACGAGCCUUAUGUGCCUAAUCCCUGCUCAUUCUACCUCCUCAACCUGGGCAUUGACACAACACUGGGCAUUCCCAUUCUCAUUGUCCUCCUCAAAAUCAUCACCGGCCUCGUGGCCUUGACCCCCUUGGGCAAGCCGGCCGAGUCCAUCCAGUCAGGCAACUACGGCAACCCGCCCAGUGCAUGGUGGUGGCUCAAGCAAUCCGUCAUCUACUUCUGCGGCCUCUUCGGCAUGAAAGUCUGCGUCCUCGUCAUCUUCAUCUUCAUGCCGUGGAUCUCCAAAGUCGGCGACUGGGCGCUCUCCUGGACCGAAGGCAACGAAAAGCUCCAGAUAGCCUUCGUCAUGAUGAUCUUCCCGCUCAUCAUGAACGCCCUGCAGUACUACAUCAUCGACUCGUUCAUCAAGAUGAAGGAACCAGAGCACCAACGCCUCCCCUCGGACGACCCAGACCAUGGCAUCCCCACAUACAGCGGCACACAGCUGCGCAGCCAGGCCGAAGGCAGUGACGCGGACGACAGCGACGGUGACGGCAGAUUUGACAGUCGCAGCCGCCCGCUCCGGCCAAGGAACGGCCUCCAGAGCACCGCGGAGGAGGAGUAUAACCCCGACGUGGAUGGGGAUGCGCCCACCGUCAUCGGAAGCAGUUCAAGCAGGGCGAGAUUGGCCCGGACCAAGGUGUCCACCGAGCUGUAUCCCAAGGAAUAG